UUAAGUUUUUAUAAUAAUAAAAUGGAAAGUACUACUAAAGCUAUUGAAGAAGAGAACACCCAGAUAAUCAGCUUAGAGAAGUCUGUCCUGGCAGAAGCUAAGGAGCAAGAAGUCACCACAUGUCAGAGCAUCCUCUAUAAGAGUCGUCCAGAUAGAGAAUUUGAGCCAUCGGAUCCAGACUCCGAAGAAAUGUCAGGAAACAGUUUCCUUGGCAUUGAGUUGGACGAAAUCAGAGAUGAAAAACUGUUGAAAAGUUUGAAGUGUCCUAAGGUUUUUGAUAUAGAUUGCCUUCAUUUGGAUGAGAUUACUUCUAAAAAUAGGUGUUUUGUAAAUUUCUUACAAUCCUCAUUCCCAAAUAAAGUUAAGACUCUCAAUUUUUUGUCCAGUGAUCAAAUGGAUCUGAAAAGGUCCACCUACUUACACUCCCUGACCAGACUCAGCUCAAAAAUCGUUCAAAAAGUUUGCUUUAAAAAUUUCAGCAUCGGCCUGCCCCAACUGAAGAGGCUCGUGGCAGCUUUCAAGCAUGUGAGAACUUUGGGAUUAAUAUAUUGCAAGCUAUCUAUCCCAAGUGUUCCUGAUUUGUCAAAGGCUCUGAAGAAUUGCCAAAUCCAGGGAAUAUAUUUACAAGGAUCAGGAGACUCGGAUGGAAGUGAUUGGGAGAACAACUUCGACGAGUUCGAGAACUUGGUACAAGGAUUAGCAAGCUCUCCAGAUUUAAGAUUGAGUCUUGAAGAAGUAGAUGUCACUGAAUGCGGAGUAACCAAAAAUAAAGUUGAACAAGUCUUUGAAGAAAACCAGCUUGGAGGAGUUAACAUAAUUGUUGGUUUUUAAAUUUUGGCUAAA